AUGAUAUCAUCAUUGCCUAAUGAGCUUCUAGCUCUUAUUUUCAACUUCAUCAAUGAAGAGGACCUGCUAGCAGCUCUGCUUACCUGCAGACUGUGGCAUCAUCUCGGCCUACCUCGCUUUGCCCAAGUCCACUGCUCUCUCAUGACGCUCGAUCUCGAGGGGCCAAGUCUUGAGCGGGCAAAGCAAAUUAUUGAAAACGGCGUCUACAGAGCAGCCGUCACCAUAAUUGAAUUUCGCCCUCAGCGCUUCUUUGGCUACCGUGGGCAGUGGCUUCGCGAUGAUGCCGGCACGCUUGUCUCGUCUCGACACUGGGACACCCUUCAGAAAGUCCUCAACGCCGACUACCCUAAUCUCUCUAAAAUUGUUGUUCUUGCUGAUGAGGAUCACUUCUUCGAAGAGUACUCGGGCUCGCCCAUGGUAGCGACUCUGCCUGAAGUCAUCGGCUUUGCGUUUGAUCUCAUAGCCACUGCUCGCCAUCCUGUUCAAUGUUGCGAUAUGCAACUGGUUCCUAGAUUACCUAUGUUUUGUUUCCAAACAGUGAACAUUCCAGUGGCCAUAUCCGAGCAGUUCUGGUCGCGCUGGGCAAAUCUGCGUUGUUUGAAUCUGGACACAUACACCGAUGCGAGCGGCCAAGACGCAGCUUUGCUAGGGGAUCUUAUCAUCAAUGCACAUCAAUUAAACAAACUCAGACUAGGAAACUGCAUUCAAGAUGCCAGUGGAAACUUUGCCAGACUUCUGGAUCGAUUAGUCGCGGCACCGCAGCUACCGCAGCUGACACAUCUCUCUAUCGCGAGUGCCGCUUUCCAAUCUCCAGAUGAGCUCUUGGGACUUUUAAGGCGCUUCAAACACAGUCUGGAGCACAUCUUUCUUGAAUUUGUUACCAUGGUAGUCCAUUGGAAAGAGGCUAUUGCGCAAAUGCAGCAAGAGCUGACGGCCUUGCAGUCAUUUGCAAUUUCGCUUUCUCGCGAGACGGCCAACUUGGACCAGGGCCUGCGCUAUAAGCAGAUGCUUUUGUUCUGCCCGCUUUUGUAUACUAUCCCGCAAGAGAAUCUUUCAUGUUUCCAUUUCCGAGAAUACACGGGUAAAAGGAUGUGGAGGAGAUCUCUCAGUUCGGUGCAAUACAAGGGACCUGACGCUCGCUGGGCACUUGGUCUAAUAAAGGACGCUGUUUAUACGCUCAAUUCUUUCCCACAAGACUUGCGUAUCUAUGACCCGGAUGAAUUUGAUCGACUGUCUUUGGAAAUAGAUUACUCGGAAUUCGAAUUCUAG